UCGAUUUGUUUUCAGAAGGAAGGUGGCGUAUCGUGAUUUUGUUUAUUCUCGCCAAGAACUGAAAUUUUUGUUCGAUGUUGUGCCAAGGUCUGUUGACAAGGAAAUAUCACAAUACACUGACAAAAGCACUUCACGGCUAUCAGUCAAAAACAUGAAGCAUUGACGUAUGGUGAGCUGCAUUUAAAUGUGUACUCUUGGUGUAGUUAUGCAGCACGAGCGUAGUAUCAAAGACAACACGGUAAACGUUUCAACAAAAGUAGAGAAAAUACUCGAUCAAGGCGAAAAAGGACCGGAGACAGUUUUUACUAGGACCAAACGCGGCCGAGUGCGUUUAUUAAGAAGAUGCACAUCACAGAAACAUUUGUUGGAUGAAAAUCAAAAGGAUGGCGGCGAGGGGCGAAACAGACAAGACUCAAUUAUUUCGUCCACAAGUAGCGGUUUGUUGUUUGUGAGGCCGCUCUCUAGCUCUACCAAAAAGCAGGGCGCACCCGCGCUGUUUCCCCGCCCCAAAUCAAGUCUCAUGGAGGCGUCAGGAACUUCAAAAACCAGGAAAGCAAGUGACUCUAACUCUGAUCGAUUAACGAGAAGAAGAAGCUCAAGCUCGUCGUCGUCAAAAACCUCAGUGCCGUCUGUGGUGAGGAGAUCGAGCUAUUUUAGCUUACAGGGCCUUCGACGAACAAUUGUAACUGACCAAGGAGAAGCGAAACAAAUGAAAAAGAAAGGGUCUAGAGAAGAUUUCGGCCGGUUUUUUAAGGGAAUGGUCACAGUAAUAAACGAGGAGGAGAUGGAGGAGAAACGACAACUGGCUCUUUCAAGGUUUCGCCGUGCUGUAUAUCUGAUUGGCAUUUUCAGUUCCUUAUGUCUUAGCAUCAGACGAUAUGCUGACCAAGACAAAUCUCGUCAGUAUGAUUUUUACUACAUUAGAGACAUUUUAAUGGGAGACGAUGACGGAGGAACUACAGUGAAGGAAGCCCCCAUAACUUUCAACAAAAACCUUUUCUCUAGGGAUAACACGCUUCAUUUUCCAUUAUGGGCUCGUUUGAUUUGUGCGAAGAAGCCAGAACAUAGAAGCGAGGCUGAAAUGAACAAGCUUGUAACACUACUGCGUGGCAUGAAGAGCUUUGGAAAGUUUUCCCGUGAAUCACAGCGAAACUUGUGUCAAACAAUGACCUAUGCCUGCUAUGAUCGCAGAAGGCUUAUCGUUCGACAAGGACACCCGGGAUAUUGUUUCUACUUCAUAGUCUCGGGCUCAGUCUCCGUCACCAUAACUCGGUUGGACUAUAAGACGGGGGUCUACGUAACAAACACCGUGGAUGUACUGGAGAAGAACGAAGCCUUUGGGGAGAUAGCGCUCAUUUCAGAGGAAGCAAGGCGAACGGCAACAAUCAUAUGUCGGGAAAGAGUCGAGGUACUUGUGGUAAACAGGGAGACCAUCUUGGAAUACUGUCCAGACGUGUUUCAAAGAGAAUACGAAGAAAAACUGCAAGUUAUGAGGAGUCAUUCCUUGUUUGACGGCUGGGGAGAGGACCUUUUACGAUCAUUGAGUUUUCGAUCACAUAUCAGAGAGUUCUCUUACGGGAAGCUGAUCGAUGAGGAUUCGACAACUUCAGAAUCGAUUUACUUUAUAAUAAAGGGAAAAAUAGAGAUGUUGCGUCGUGUCGACUUGCAAGCUGUUCUGAAAUCUGACGUCACAAUCGACUUAUACAAGCAUCGACCGCUUCCUCGUCCAAUAGCAUCACUUCCUCGCAAGAAGGGGUCCAAUACAUGCUACAUCAACGUGGGCUCAUUACAACCAGGGGAUUCGUGGGAUCUAACGACCAUGGGAACUGCUGACCAAGAAGCUGGCCCGGGGAAUAUUCUAGUCAGCGCUGGAGUUCGAGUUUUAAAAGUUCCCAAGAGGAGAGUUAUCGAGUUAAGUCCUAGAGGACACAUGGAGACAUUUGAAGAAAAUUUUAACCCCAAACACAGAUGCCUAUCGGACGAGGAGCUUUAUCGAGAUUAUCUGGCCGCCGAGGCUUGGUUAGACUACAGAAAGAAAGUUGUACGGAAUGUUAUGGACUCCAAAGCGGGGCGCUUUAUUGCCCAUGUUUCUGCCACAGAAAAGGGAUCCUCAGGCUGGACGACGUGGCCUGGGAGCAAGCCUGGAACGUGAUUUUACGAACAAAAAUAUUUAAACUGAAUGAAAAGAGCUGCUUUAAUGAUCUAACGCGUACGAACGAUACCCUCUGUCCCGACUUCUCUGGAAGAGUCUGGCCAUAACAAAAUCAUGCCUCGCAUAUGCGAGCAGAGAAAGAUAUUGAGGGGUCAAGCUACAGCCGUCACUGUCACACAAUGUCGGUGGGGGGAAUUCACCGGUGUCUUCCGACGUUGCUUGACAAAGAGAUGGAAAUAAAUUAUUUCUUAAAGGCAUUAAA